AGUGUACGUCAUUGUGGUUCUGUCAAAAACCAAUGAGAAUAUCACGAAUGGAUUAUUCUUGAGCAAAGGUAGUGAUUUGUGUUAUUUUUCUUCUUCGUAUUGUUGAAAAAACCCAAAUUUUAGUAGUUUUUCCAACGUUUUUUGUUUUACUGUUAUGUGCAAUUCAUUCCCACAUCACUUACACAUUUGCUAAAUUAAAUAGCAAACCAAAAUAGUCGUAUCUUGGUUUACGUUGAUUCUCAAAUGAAUGUGCAAGAAGUAUUUUUGGCUGCUAUUUCUUUGAUAUCAGCACUAUUUAUUGUCGUUUUGGUUGUUUGUUUAGGUUGGUACUUGGUCUGGAAGCUGUUUUUGUCACGAUUCCGUUUAGUUCGUGAACUGUUGGGUCUAAGGAAUGACAGUUCGACACAUCGAAGCGAGGAACAAGCAAAUAAAUUGAAUAAACCAAAGAAGGUGCGACGAGACUAAUAUUAGGAAACAGAACUAGAACAAAACAAAAUGAAUAUUCGCUGCGCAAAGCCGGAAGAUUUAAUGAAUAUGCAGCAUUGCAAUUUGUUGUGUCUGCCGGAAAACUAUCAAAUGAAGUACUACUUUUAUCAUGGUUUAACCUGGCCACAAUUGAGCUAUGUCGCCGAAGAUGACAAAGGGAAUAUUGUUGGCUACGUUUUGGCUAAAAUGGAAGAACCGGAACCGAACGACGAACUGCGUCAUGGCCACAUUACAUCGUUGGCGGUGAAACGAUCAUAUCGACGUCUUGGACUGGCACAGAAGCUAAUGAAUCAGGCAUCGCAGGCUAUGGUCGAAUGUUUCGAGGCGCAGCAUGUGUCGUUGCAUGUACGAAAAAGUAAUCGUGCUGCGUUGAACCUCUACACGAAUUCGUUGGGUUUCAAAAUAUUGGAAAUUGAACCCAAGUAUUACGCAGACGGUGAAGACGCAUACUCUAUGAGACGUGACUUGACCGAAAUUGCUAAGGAACUGGAUCCGGAAAAAUUUGAAAUGUCUUUUGGACAACGAGCUAAGAGUGCACACGACCAUACACAUCAAGGACAUGAUGGCCACUGCUGUUAAUUAGAGGAAAUAAACCGAAAAAUUAAAUUUUUGUAUCGCAAAAUUUGGAAACAAGAGAAACCAACGGAAAAUUAUACAAAAAAAAUCCAAAUUU